UAGGCGUCCCCUCCUCGUUAGGGUUCUUACUGGUUUCGAUCUCGUUUUCCACCUUUGGAUCCUUUAUCUCUGGUCUGAGGAUGAGGGGCAGAAGCUACAGUCCAUCACCACCAAGGGGUUAUGGGAGAAGACGUCGCAGUCCAAGUCCUAGAGGUCGCUAUAGCAGCCGCGGUAGAGACCUCCCAACCAGCCUUUUAGUUCGGAAUCUUCGGCGUGAUUGCAGAGCGGAGGAUCUUCGUAGACCAUUUGGGCAGUUUGGCCCUCUUAAGGAUAUCUAUUUGCCACGUGAUUAUUACACGGGUUGUUUUUUUUUCCCCCUCGCAAGAGAGCCACGUGGAUUUGGGUUUAUCCAAUAUGUCGAUCCGGCUGAUGCAGCUGAAGCUAAGUACCAAAUGGAUGGGCAAAUCCUUCUUGGCAGGGAAUUAACUGUUGUAUUUGCUGAGGAGAACAGAAAAAAGCCUUCUGAUAUGAGGGCAAGAGAAAGAAGGGAUCGUGUGUAUGAUUCCCGAAGAUCACCCCACAAUUCACGGGAUCCUGUGCAUGAUUACCGAAGAUCACCCCGCCGUUCGCGGGGUCCUGUGCAUGAUUCCCGAAGGUCACCCCGCCAAGCACGUUCUCCUUACUAUUCGCACUCGCGUUCUCGCUCGCGAAGCCGUAGCUAUGAGUCGCCUUCUUCAAAGCGGCAGCACUACUCGAGGUCUGCUUCGCCCCAAGAUAAGACGAAGCACAGGGAGAGGUCAUACUCCCAAUCUCCUGCAGGUAGCAGGUCACGCAGCAGAAGUCCUGAAGGUUUGCCGAGCAAGCCAUCACGCCGAGAAAGGUCUCUUUCUGUUAGCGGGUAAAGUAGAUUUGAGUAUGAUGUGGAGUGUACUGGCUACGACUAUAUAACUCAUUUGGCUGCUGUGGAGGUUGCUCUUAGGUUAAUGUUGCAACACUGAAACUGAAGUUUAAUAUCGACUCAAUACAAUCAAUCAUUGGACGGUAAAGAUAA